CUGCAAAAAGAGCAGAAUGGGAAGCUGACAUUAUCUCUGUUGAUAAACAGAAGUUCUGGAGAUUAAGGAUGUUCCUUGACGUAUGGAGUCUUUGAAAUGGUUGGCGCGGGGGUUUGUCCCCAGCAAGAGUCAGCUCGGAUUCUGUACCCAGCAAGUCUACCUCUUCUGCCUGAGUCCCGGUACAGACUUUUCAGGGGAAGUGAGCGCCAACUUGUGGAACGUUCCUUGGUUACACUUCAGACCAGUGGUUUUUACUGGGGACCCCUUCCCACGGCUGAAGCGCAUGCCAUGCUGGAGAGAGAGCCAACUGGCACCUUCCUAGUGCGGGACAGCUCCCAAGGGAGCCAUCUGUUUAGUGUUAGCAUUAAAAUGGAAUCUGGCCCUGUCAGCGUCAGAGUCUUGUUUUACAGAGGCUGCUUCUGGUUAAGGGAGAUUUUCUCAGACUGCCUUGUUGGACUUCUAGAACUAGCAGUGGAACAAAGCCGCUGCAACCCUCUGCGCUGCCAAAAUGGCUCCUUUCUUGUGCUUUCACGGCCCCUGCGGAAGACCAGGACUCUAAGCUUACAGGAGCUCUGUCGCAGACGUAUUGUAAUCCAGUAUGGAAGAGAAGGUCUUGCUAGGCUCCCUCUUCAACCAGCCCUUCGGAGGCUAUGUCUACGCAGUCGCAGCAACCAGGAAGAAAUUGAAAUAUAUCAGCCAAUGAGAGAUCCUCAAACAUUUUGCACAUCAGACUGA